CAAAUACUUAAGUUUCCCCAUAUCCAUUUGUGGGUUGUGAUGACUAGACUUAUUCGCUCCUACUUAUUACACUAUGGCUAUGAAGAUACACUCAAGUCAUUUGACUUAGCUAGUAAAAGUACUGUCCCGCCUGUCCGUGUUGCUCAAGAAAAUGGCUUUGAUGAACAGGACAUUUGCUAUGCCCUAAAUCAGAGGAAGACUCUUAGACAGCUAAUCAGGAAUGGUGAGAUUGAUGCUGCACUUAAUAAGAUUCGUGAUUGGUUUCCCCAGAUUGUUCAGGUGGCCUCUGAAGUUCCAGAAUCUGUGAUGAAAAGUCAGCUACUUGCUUUCUCUUGCACCAUCAGAGGAGUCUUCUGUUGGAUAUCAAUCAAAAUGUCACAACGUGAUGUGGUGGCAGACACUGUUAAUGCAAUGAUCUUAUCAACAAAUCCAAAUGUGAAAGAUCGUCAAGGCUGCUUGCACUCAAAUCUUGAGAAGCUGCUCAGGCAACUAAUUUCAUGCUGCCUGGAAAGACAGUCGCUGAAUGGUGAUCAGGGUGAAGCUUUCCAGCUACACCAGGUGCUUAACAGUGACAAAAAGAUGAAGCAAGCAGAUUGGUUUAAACUGAGUGGAGCCACCCUAGCAAUUCCCCUGAUGACACACAAUAAUACUAAAUUCUCAUGGGGUGUUCUCUAUGCUCUUGUAAGCUUUGUUACCUCACAAACUUUUGAAAUGCUAAUUCAACCUGAUGCUGGCUCUACUGCGAGUACAUGGAUAAAACUAUGACUCAAAGGUCUUAAAUUGUACAUGCAAUGAUAUUUGAAACUUGUACAAGGCAAAGACUUUUUGGCUCUUGGUAUAAUGUGAUUCUCUUGGGGAAAAAACGUUGGAGGGGAGGGGGGGUGUAGAAAUCAAUAGGUUUUAGUAGU